CUUUUGUCUUUCUCUCUCUCUCUCUCUCUCUCUCUCCUUUAGUUUAUGGAUUUCCGUAAAUAUGUCAGAGAGACAAGAGGUGCCAGAGAAGCAGUAGCAACAGCAGAGAGGUGCAGUCAUAAUAAGAGCUCAGAGAAAAAAAUUAAAAGAAAGCAUUGGCAUGCAGCACUGUAUUUCAGAACCAUUAGUUCAUAUUCAUGUACACAAGAUUCUGCAACACAAAUGGUCCCUGAAAUAAAUAUACCUAUUCUACUUCUACUAUUCUUCUUAAACCCUCUAAACUAAUAAACCCUUUUAACACACUCAUACUUCUCUCAACAUUACAAGUUUUGUUUUUCAUCUUCUUUGUUCUUUAUGAUGAAUGGAAGAAAUAGGUACCCUUUUACUCCUUCUCAAUGGCAAGAGCUUGAACAUCAAGCUCUUGUUUACAAAUACAUGGCUUCAGGUAUUUCCAUUCCACCUGAUCUUCUUUUCACCAUCAAAAGAAGCUUCUUAGACUCUCCUCUUUCUUCAAGGAUGUUACCUCACCAAUCUCAGCACUUUGGGUGGAACUAUUUGCCAAUGGGAUUGGGAAGAAAAAUAGACCCAGAGCCAGGGAGGUGUAGAAGAACAGAUGGAAAGAAAUGGAGGUGUUCAAAAGAAGCAUAUCCAGAUUCAAAAUACUGUGAGAGACACAUGCAUAGAGGUAAAAACCGUUCAAGAAAGCCUGUGGAAGUUUUGAAAACAACAACAACAAACAACACAGAUGCUGCUGCUUCAACAAUCUUAUCAAUCACUAAAAAUAGUUUUCUUGAUCCUGUUGAUACUACUUCUUCACUAGUAACACCAACCACUCAUGAAACUACUUCUAAUUACCAUCAUUAUAACCCUCAUCAACACUCUUCUUCUUCUUCUUAUUCUUCUUCUUAUCAUCUUCAACACUCUNUCCUUUACCAUAAUAAUAACCCUCCACCUUCAACUUCAAGGCCUAAUUCUUCUCUUGCUUUCUCAUUUCAAGACAACAACAGUGCUCCCUUGUUUCUUGACUCUUCUUCCUCUCACAGUAACAACAACAACAACAACACUGAUUGCAGGAACAGGUAUGUUUAUGGACUGAAAGAGGAAGUGGAUGAACAUGCUUUCUUCACUGAACCUUCUGGAACUAUGAGAAGUUUAUCAGCUUCUUCUAUGGAUGAUUCAUGGCAACUAACACCACUUACUAUAAGUUCCUCUUCCUCUUCUAAACAGAGGAGUUGCUCUGGUUUAUCCAACGAGAAUGAGUAUUCUUACUUGCAACUUCAAAGCCUAAGUGACAACAACAACAACAACUCAAAACAACCACACCAAGAUCAAAGUUGUUACAUCUCAGGAAGUGAUGGGAAAGAAGAACCUCAGAAGAUUUUUCAUCGCUUCUUUGAUGAAUGGCCACCGAAAAGCAGAAACUCUUGGCUUGAUUUGGAUGAUAAAUCAUCCACCACUCAGCUUUCAAUUUCCAUUCCAACAUCCUCUCAUGAUUUCACAACUUUUAGUUCCACAAAUCAACGAGAUGGUUGAGGUUGGAUUUGAAUAAUGGGUGGGUCCCUUGACUUGUAGUUGAAUGAACCUAAGGCAAAAUAAUAAUGUACUAGUAGUAGUAACACAAUGGUAUUUGGGUUGAUUCGUAAUAUAUAUUGUGUGAGGUUGGUUUUCUGUUUUGGUUUCAAUUGUUCCAUAUGUUGUUUGUACAUGUGUUGUUGAAGUGGAUUUGUGUCUCCAUGGAGGGAUCCAAUGUGUAGUUUGUAUGCUAAGUUAUGUUCUGUUGUUUCUGCCAAACAUAAGAUGGUUUCAGUUUUCAGACUCUACCUGUUAUUUCGCCCUGUCUGUUUAUGUGGUUUGAGCUUAUAUUCAAAGACAAAUUACACACCUAUGUUUUUUGUUUUCA